AUGGCGGAGAAAACAUGCAAUCAACUACACAUAAACAAUCUAUGUUUUGAUUUGGGAGAUAGCUUUUCUCUGAGGCAAGUGCCCUGUGGAGGUGAAAAAACUUGUUUUAAACUGGGAAAUGCACUUCUUAUUAGAGAAACUCAGAAGAUAUUUCCCAAAGGACUUCCAGAAGAAUAUUCCAUAGCAGCCAUAUUUCGUGUGCGACGAAGCACCAAAAAGGAACGAUGGUUUCUGUGGCAAUUGUUAGAUCAUCGUAAUGUACCACAGGUAUCUAUAAUAAUUGAUGGUACAAAAAAGGCAGUGGAAGUGAUGGCCUUUCAUCAGGGAGAAAUGUUGCAUUACAUUUUUAAAAGUCGAGAAAUUUAUCCUCUAUUUGACCGGCAAUGGCAUAAGCUCGGCCUCAGCAUGCAGUCCAGGAUCCUUUCCCUGUAUGUGGAUUGCAAUUUAGUUGAGAGAAGGCAGACAGAUGAAAAGGACUCUGUUGACUUUCAUGGCAGAACUGUCAUUGCUGCGCGGGCAUCGGAUGGCAAGCCUGUAGAUAUUGAACUUCACCGCCUUCAAGUUUACUGUAACCCAAACUUUGUAGCCCAAGAGAUGUGCUGUGAAAUAUCAGAUGCUAAGUGCCCACAGCAGGACAGCUUUGGAACUACGGCUUCAUUGAUGGCAACUGCUCAUGCCAGUAAAAUUUCUGCACAUCUGCUAGCAAAGCCGGAACUUGCUGAACUAUGCCAGUGCAUUCCUAACAAGGGAGAAGCAGGUUUGCCUGGAGCUGCUGGUUUGCCUGGUCCUAAGGGGGACAAAGGGGAGCAGGGUGAAGAUGGUUUACUUGGUGCCCCUGGACUACCUGGUCAAAAGGGAGAACAUGGUUUUGAAGGAAGAAAAGGAGAAGUUGGUGAAAAGGGUGAACAGGGACAAAAGGGAGAUCCAGGACUGGAUGGCAUUCAUGGAAAAGAUGGUUUGAAAGGUGACUUGGGUCCUCCAGGUCCACGUGGCCAGAAAGGAGAAAAGGGAGAAAUAGGACCUCCAGGACCACCAGCCUUAAUCGGUUCCUUAGGGCUAGAAGGUCCCCAAGGUCCACCUGGGAAAGAGGGUCAAAGGGGAAGGCGAGGCAAAACAGGCCCCCCUGGAAAACCAGGACCACCAGGACCUCCUGGUCCUCCUGGAAAACAAGGAAGACAAUAUACUCUUGAAGGAUACUAUAGCAAGGGAAGGCUUGGUGAGAAUGGAGCAAGCGUUCCCAAAGGAGAAAAGGGUGAAACUGGACAGCCUGGAUUUCCAGGAUCAGUUGGUCCUAAAGGACAAAAGGGAGAAAUGGGUGAUCAAGGAAACAUUGGCUUACAAGGAAUAAAAGGUGACAAGGGAGAAAUUGGGAUAAAAGGAUCACCAGGAGUGAAGGGUGAACCUGGAGAUUCUGGUCCCCCUGGACUUGCAGGAAAUCCAGGAAUUAAGGGAGAAAUUGGGAUAAAAGGAUCACCGGGAGUGAAGGGUGAACCUGGAGAUUCUGGUCCCCCUGGACUUGCAGGAAAUCCAGGAAUUAAGGGUCAGCAAGGACCAGCAGGCUCCAUAGGACCCAGAGGACCUCCAGGAAAUAUUGGAUUACCAGGAGAACAUGGUAUUCCAGGAAAACAAGGCAUUAAAGGAGAAAAGGGAGAUCCUGGUGGAAUUGUAGGUCCUCCUGGAUAUCCAGGUCCAAAAGGUGAGGCAGGUCCUCCAGGUAUAAGCCUGCCUGGUGAACCAGGCUUGGAUGGAAUUCCAGGGACACCUGGUCCACGAGGGCCAAAGGGUGAAAGAGGACUACCAGGUGUUCAUGGACUCCCUGGUGACAUCGGACCUCCAGGAAUGGGAAUCCCUGGCCCACCAGGAUCCAGGGGACCUUCUGGAGAGCCAGGUAUUCAGGGUCCUAGAGGCCUCCCUGGGUUACCAGGAACUCCAGGGACUGAUGGAGCUCCAGGGAGAGAUGGGAAGCCAGGGAUGCCAGGUCCCCCAGGUGACCCAAUUGCACUUCCUCUUUUGGGAGAUAUUGGUGCUAUGUUGAAGAAUGUUUGUGGCAGCUGUCAUCCUAGUAUCCCGGGGUUAAAAAUUGCCAAAGGAGAGGAAGGAGGAGCUGGGGAACCUGGAAGAAAUUAUUAUGCGGCAGGGAAGGGUGAUAUUGGGCCAAGAGGCCCUCCAGGAAUCCCUGGCAGAGAAGGACCAAAGGGAAGCAAAGGGGAGCGCGGAUACUCUGGAUUACCUGGUGAGAAGGGUGAUGAGGGUCUUCAAGGAAGUCCAGGCACUCCAGGAGCCCCAGGACCUAUCGGACCUGCUGGUUCGUUGGGAAGAACUGGACAUCCUGGUCCUCCUGGAACAAAAGGUGAAAAGGGCAAUGAGGGAUCGCCGGGAAAACCUGGACCACCUGGACCUCCUGGUAUGCCACUCAGCGAAGGGAACGGAAUGAGCAGUUUAUAUAAACUCCAGGGAGGUGGAAGUGUUGCUACUUAUCCUGGGCCCCCUGGUCCUUCAGGUCCAAAAGGAGAUCCUGGCGCAAUGGGAGAACCUGGACCCAUGGGGCUCCCAGGACUAGAAGGAUUUCCAGGUGUAAAGGGAGAUCGAGGCCCAGCUGGUUCACCAGGAAUAGCAGGAAUACCGGGAAAGUCAGGAGCCCCAGGGCCUCCAGGAGUGCCAGGAGAACCAGGUGAAAGAGGGCCUGUUGGAGAUAUUGGCUUCCCUGGGCCUGAAGGACCUGCAGGAAGACCAGGAAUAAAUGGAAAAGAUGGAUCACCAGGUCCUCAGGGCCCAGUGGGUAAGCCUGGAGACAGAGGACCCAAAGGAGAACGCGGUGAUCAAGGAAUACCAGGAGACAGAGGUCCACAGGGUGAAAGAGGAAAACCAGGCCUUCCAGGAGUACAAGGGAUCACAGGUCCCAUGGGACCCCCAGGAAACAAAGGCUCUCCAGGAACCCCUGGCUACCAAGGGCCUCCAGGUUCUCCAGGGACCCCUGGAAUUCCGGCUGAUGCAGUUUCAUUUGAAGAAAUAAAAAAAUACAUAAAUCAAGAGGUCCUGAGGAUUUUUGAAGAGAGGAUGGCUGUAUUCCUCUCCCAGAUGAAGCUACCUGCUGCCAUGCUCUCUGCCCAAGGUCAUGGAAAACCAGGGCCACCAGGCAAAGAUGGGUUACCAGGCCCACCAGGAGAUCCUGGCCCCCGAGGUUACAGAGGACAGAAGGGAGAAAGAGGUGAACCUGGAAUUGGGCUCCCAGGGAAUCCUGGUCUUCCUGGGCCUUCAGCCACUUGUAUGCCAGGCACACCCGGUGCUCCAGGGCCGCAGGGUCCCCCCGGACCUAGUGGAAGGUGUAACCCAGAUGAUUGCUCCCAUGCUGUGUCUCAUGCCCAGCCACCAGGACAUGAAAAUGGAAAAUGA